GAGGCAACGCGUCUCGCAGCUGAGACCGCCCUCUAAGCGCUACUCAUACCGGGCUUACGAGUCGCUUAUCAGAGCGACCAUGUUCGCCCUCCGUGACCUCCUUUUUCUACCAACGUUACUCUCGAUUGCGCUGGUCGCGCACGCAGUCGCUGUUCCAGACGACAAUGGGGUCAUCGCCGAAGAGAAGGGCAAAUCACGACCCGAGCUUGCUGCUGCCCUGACAGGAGGCGAAGGGUGUUCGCCGUCCGACAUCGAAGACAUUCGAGAUGGCUUCAUAGAGAUGACCGAGCUGUUCCGAGCAGCCUUGCCAUACGACCAGAAUGGUCAACCCGCAAUCGAGCUCUUCGGCCAACCCUUGCGAAUCGCGAACUACACCUCCAUGAUCGAAUUAAACCUAAUCCGCGCAGCGCAAUACGCCAACCUGGAAGGAAACGAGAUUGUCAACCCAGAUGUCCAUGUGCGAUGCGAUGAUCCAGCCAAUAUCUGCAAGAUGGGGAAUAAGAGGGAGGGAAGCCACGUUGCUUACAAUAUGGGCAAUUUCCCCAUGAUCAACUUCUGCGAUGACUACUUCAAGAUGAGUGCUCUUGACGAGACCGUGGAUAAAAAGGCCAACAAUCAGAUGGAGAAGGAGCGGUUGCAUGAGUACUACAACAGAGCGACGCUAUGGGCAAGGAUGGUCAUGCAUAUUGACGGCGUGGGUGUUGCAGUGGUAGAGAAGGCUAUCCCAGCGCGGGCGAACUCCGCAUCUGGCAGGGAAUGGGAUACGAUUAUCACCAACGGCGCCAUGAACACGACGGUCCUCGCUGGAGUGCUGAACGACCGCCCGGAUGGCAACAAAGUGACUGACAUUCAGACCCUCAAGUACGCCUAUGGAGUAACGCGCUCGAAGCUGCUAGCGGUCCUUUCCACCCAGAUGCCCUAUGACGCUGCCAACAACGCAGAGAACUACGCAUUAUACGCACAGGCCCGCUAUGUUUUGCAAAGGAAGGGUUUCUACCCCAACGUGCCGGUCAUGGACUUCCCCAACGAGCUGUCUGUCCUGACCAACGAACAACUGCAGGACGGAGAGCGGUGCAAGUAUGCCUACUUCGACUCAUCAGACGUUGUAGCUCGACCACCCAACAUGGAACUCAAGGCGAACCCACUUCCUGGCGCAGCUUCGAAACAGCAGCCUGCGUUGAUGCUUCUGGCACUUCUUGCUGUGGUAUACUCUUUCGCCGUAGCGUCGUUUGGAUGAGAGCCGUCUUGCGGAUGGAUCUUACACCAAAUACUAAACAA